GAUUUUUUUACUGGCUCGCUGAUGGAUUUAUUGUCUAAUACACUUUCCAGACUUAACUCGGUCCAACUUCCGCAAUGGCCCAACGUGUCACUCUCCGCAAAAGACAACCCUACAACACCACCUCGAACCGCCGACGCGUUGUAAAGACCCCCGGUGGAAAACUCGUUUACCACCAUCUCAAAAAGCCUGCGACAGCGCCCAAGUGCGGUGACUGCGGUAUCGCCCUCCCUGGUGUCCCUGCUUUGAGGCCUCGCCAGUACGCUACGAUUUCCAAGCGCCAAAAGACUGUGCGCCGGGCAUAUGGUGGUUCGAGAUGCGGAGAAUGUGUCAAAUCACGGAUUCUCCGGGCAUUCUUGGUUGAGGAGGCCAAGAUUGUUAAGAGGGUGAUCAAGUCGCAGCAAAAGAAGUAAACGGUCCGGAUGGUUGACGUUUCAUUUCUCCUUUGCCUCCGCUAUCCCCUACCGUUACCUCU